AACAAAUCUCAGGCGCCUCGUGUUCACGUGUUGUGCUAGGUGAGAUUGAAUCGAUCGAUCAAGCCGGCGACUUCGUACGUGCAUGUGCUAGCUAGCUUCACGUAGGUGAAAAUCAAUCCACCUAGUAGUAGCCUGCCUGCUUCCAUGGUACGUAUCUUCCACCGGAGUACGGAUCGAUCGCGUGGUUUGUAUACUUGCGCGUCUCGUCAGAACCAAUUGUCUAGCUUGUGUUAGCUAGCGGCUGCUCCGUACGUGAUCGUCUUGACGGAAAGUACUCGUCGAGCGGACGUACAAGUCGUGCAUGUGGCCAACAUAGCUAUGUCGAAAACUGGCCUCCGCUAUGGACCCAUAGUGAUGGAGGAUCUCAAUAAAAUUAGGGAGGGCAUCUACAAUAAAGCAUCCGUUAAUUUUUCAUGUGGUGUUGGUAACUCUGUUUAGUGUUUAUAAGGUAACUUGUUUUCUUUUGAAUGUUUGCUUAGAUGCCGUGCCAAAGAAAAUACUUAAGUUGAUGAAUGACUCUACACUAACUAGAGAGAACAUUGCCAGCCACCUUCAGAAACAUAGGAUGAACAUCGAUCCUCUUCGUAGGGGCAAUCCUAAAACAAAGCAUCAGAAAUUAACACCUCCCCAAGCAUCAUUGUCGUCAUCUCCGAACUUGUCUCAGCAACAGGCUUCUCCUACAAUGAUGCAACCUUUGUCUAGUUCAAACUUUUCAGAGACUUAUAUAACACAAGGAGUUGUUUGCAUGAACCAUAAUAUGAAUGUCCAGCCAAUGGUCAAACCUCCCCCAAUUAGUGACAUGCAAGACAGUCAUUCAGUGAUGUACAUGCAAUCAUUUAAGGAUUCCACUUUUUGUCAAACAGAAUGUGUGUUCUCGGAUCUAGAGUCGAAAGAUAUGUACACUAGAGAUAAUAAAUCUAAACAAAAUAGCACGUGGUGUCCUGAUAAUUCAGAUAUUAGCGAGAUUUUGGAUAAAGAUCCUAAGCCUUCAUGGGAUGUAAAGUAUCUCUUCUACAAUGGUGACUAA